GACACUCGAGAGCUUCCCUGGAGCCAGAGUCAUGCCUGUGGUGAAAGUAGAGAGCGGUUCUCCUUCUGAAAGCACUCUUCCGGUGAACGACGGUCAGAAAGGCCGUCGGAGGAAGAGACCGCUACAGCGAGGCAAACCUCCGUACAGCUACAUCGCUCUGAUCUCCAUGGCCAUCGCCAACUCGCCCGACCGCAGGCUCACUCUGGGGGGCAUCUACAAGUUCAUCACCGAGAGGUUUCCCUUCUAUCAAGACAACUCCAAGAAAUGGCAGAACUCCAUCCGCCAUAACUUGACCCUCAACGACUGCUUCAUCAAGGUCCCCCGAGAGCCCGGCCGACCCGGAAAGGGCAACUACUGGGCGCUGGAUCCCAACGCCGAAGACAUGUUUGAGAGCGGAAGCUUUCUACGACGACGGAAGCGAUUCAAGCGCAGCGACUUCACGACGUACUCGCCGUACGUGCACGAGUCUCCCGUCUUCUCCCCGGUCCAGAUCACACGCUCGGUCUACCCCAACAUGAGCCCAGCGGCCUUCUACCAGUCCUCGCCGAGCUUCAGCGCCGCUCAGUCCAGGGUCUUCAGGAUCAACUCUCUGGUGGGCUCAGAGAUGAUGCCUCAGCAGUCCUGCCACAGCUUCAGUCCGGAGAGUUUCCAGCAUCAGUCCUGCAGCUCCAGCUCCUCCAACAACAUGUCCUUCUCCUACUCCAGCCCCGGACACGGACACGCUCAGGUAUCCUAUCCUCAAGGCAGCGGCCAGGCCUUCGGCUCGUCGGGGAGGAUGGCCAUCUCCAGUUUGUCUCCCAUCGCUGGAGAUGCUGUCGGAGACCCCUACAGCAGAACGUCUCCGGCGCAGCUGGGCUCUUUUGUUCAGUACAAUAACUCUGCAUCAGUAGGAAGCUCAGGAUCCUACAUCAGGCAUCCAGCUUACUCAGGUAACAUGGACCGGUUCGUGUCUGCCUCCUGAACAAUGUUCUCCUCUGCGAGA